AUUGUAUUAUAUACAUUAAAGAGUGGAAGAAUUGAUUCUGCAUGCACGUUCGACGAAAUUGAGCUUACCUCCGUCUAGGGUUUUCAAUUGCUCUGACCAAAUUCAACAUGCUACUGACCCUGGAAUUCGGUGGUGGGCUUGAACUUCUUUGUGACUCAGUGAAGAUUCAUACUGUUAAUGUUUAUCCACAAAAUAAAGCAGAGAAGUUAAGCAUGAGAGAUCUGCUUUCUUGGGUACGUACCAAUUUGAUCAAGGAGAGGCCUGAAAUGUUCAUGAAAGGAGAGUCUGUGAGACCUGGUGUACUUGUUUUGGUGAAUGAUUGUGACUGGGAGCUGAGCGGCCAGCUGGACACAACCUUGGAAGAGAAAGAUGUGGUAGUUUUUAUUUCAACCUUGCAUGGUGGAUAACAUCAGACUGUUUCUUUCUCAUUCCGGAUGAACCAUUUAAUACGAGAGGCUUAUUGAAGUUCAGGUUCUAUGGCCUUGUCUCUGAACUUAACCCAAUGUCUAGUGUCUAGUGUCAUAUCAAUUACUCCACAUGGCUUGGGUGGUGCUAUUGUACUUCUAGAUAUUUAUAAAUAUAUUGAUCGUUGAAGGAGAUGAGAGUAAGUUUUUGCUGAUAUAAGCUGAAUUUCUUCUGAAGGAAACAAAAAGAGUUAAAGAUUUGGAGAGUGAUUAUAAAUUCUUAUCUUUCUGUUUUCCCCUCGCAA